GGCGCGAAAAUUGCACCAUCUUCACAGGAGCUCAAAAUAGGGUUGUUGUUUUUUUUUUUUUUUUUUAAUUUUUUUAACCCAUUUCUCCCUUCACUAUCCUAUCAAUCCUUCUCAACAAUGUCAAGUUUCUGUAAUCAAAUAGAAGAAAUAAAAUCCCUAAUUUAUUCUAACAAAUCACUCGCUUACUCUACUCUUUCACACUUACAAGAACAAUCAGUAAAUGAUCCUUCAUUGCUACAAACCCUAGCUGACAAUUCUCAGGAUUUAGUCUCUUUGAUCACAGUUGACAUCUCAAUUGAUGAUGAAGAAGUUGCUGCACAGGCUUUAAAGUGUUUGGGAUUCAUGAUUUACCAUCCUUCUCUUGUUUCUACUAUUCCAGUUGAUGAUGCUAAUUUGGUUUUGGAGGCAUUGGCUAAAGUAAUUAUGAGCACAAAGAUAAAGUCGGUUUGUAAUUUAGGAGUUUGGUGUAUAUCCAUGCAACAAUUUGAAGCAUCAAUUCUAGUUGGCUGUUUCAAUUCAGUGUUGCAGGCGGUUGUUCAUGCUCUUGAUAAUCCGAUUGGUUCUUUGUCUACGACAUUUGAGGCUAUGCAGGCUGUGAUGAAGUUAGCAGCUCAGUUAAGUGAGAGGAUGAGAGAAUCUUCACACAUAUGGGCUCCUCCAAUAUGUAGGAGACUUCUCAGCACUGAUAAGAGAGAAAGGGAUAUUUCAGAAAGGUGUUUACUGAAGAUUAGACCGACAAUAAUUCCUCCUCCCCCGGCUCUAUCCAAGGCACUUGCUGAAGAUAUGAAAUUGAAAUUGCUUACUGUAAUGAAGGAUCUUCUGAAUCAGGGCUUGAAAAUUCAAACGUUGCAAGCAUGGGGAUGGUUUAUCCGCUUACAAGGAUCUCAUGCCAUGAAGUAUAGGCAUUUAACUAAUGACAUGCUGAAAGUUCCAGAGAAAACAUUCUCGGAUCACAAUCCACAAGUCCAGAUUGCUUCGCUGGUUGCCUGGGAAGGUCUUGUUGAUGCUUUCAUUCACCCUGCACUCUUAACUUCUGAGACUAUUGAACCCAUUAAGAAUGGUAUUCAACAAGUGCGAACUUCUGGUGGGAGUAGUAGUCAAAUUCAAGCAAGUGGUUUUUCAAAAAGCAUAAAGCUCAUAAUGACACCUCUAAUUGGUAUCAUCUCGAGUAAAUGUGAUGUAUCUGUUUACUCUUCAUGCUUGAAUACAUGGUGUUAUCUGCUGCAUAAGCUUGAUAUCUCUGUCAACCAUCCAUGGGUGAUAGAACUGGUGUUGGAUCCCAUUUUUGGAGCUGUUUUUCGGUUUGGGCCUGAUGUUAAGACUUUCUGGUUGUGGAACCUGUGCCUAGAUCUGCUUGACGAUUUUAUAUUAGCAAAAUGCAGGAACCUAGACCAUGAAACCAGUAGCCAGGUAAGCCAUCAUUCAACAUCAAGCAAAUGGUCAUGGAAACUGCAACCCAUUAAAUGGUUGCCCUGGACUAUUGGUCAGCUGGAUUUCCUUGUAAAGAUGAUGGAUAUUAUCAUCAGCCAUGCAUCAAUUGCAACAAUCACCCCUGAAAAUAGAAGUUCAGCAUGUGAUGCUGCCUUGAGGAUAUUUAGAUCUUUUUUAAAAGGGGUCCAAAUGGAUUUUAGAAGUUCCUCCACUAAAUACAAUGACAUUAUGUUGUGUUUGACCACAUUAUUAAGGUUCAUAAAGAAGAUAUGUGAAGAUGUAACUUCAGAAGGUGGCGGGAGUAGUGAAUUGCAUCAUACUUCCCUCCAAUUUCUAGAGGCUGUUGUUCAGGACUUAGAACCUUCUAUAUUGGGAUCCCCUCUUUACAAGGUGUCUUUAAACUUCACAUGCAUUGAGAACCUUCAAAUGGUUGACAACAUUAGAAAUGUAAAAUAUCUGGGUAUCAGCUCUGUUGCUUACAUGGAUAUGGUUUCGCCAUUGGUUUAUCUAAGUGUACUCUAUGUCUCUGUAGUGAUCCCAUCAACUCCUGCCACUCGGGGGAUGGAGCUACUUCUUCAGGGACUUCGCAGAUUUUUCAAAACCAUACUUUUAUUGUAUGAUCCUGUGGAAAAUCUGUCUGUUGCUGUUGGUUUAUUGUAUAAACACAUGGAGUUUAGGCACCUAGAUAUUUGGACAGCGAUAGCAAAAGGUUUGGAAGAUUUCUUCAAUGGUCUAACUGUAAAGGAUCUUUCACUUUUGAAAAUGGACUCCAACAGGGAUUUUCCUCGUGCUGUAUGCCACCUCUUAUCCUACCCUUUUGUGGUUUGUUCUUGCAUUUGGCCAACCCAAAAGAAAGAUAGUGGUUCCUUGAAAGAAUCUCUUGUUUCACCAGAAAGAAAGCUUAAACUUCAACAAGUAGCUGAAGUGUGGAAAUCACUGUAUGGAGCUCUUUGUGCCUCGAAGUUUAAUAAGUUCUCUGAAACAAGCAGUUUAAGUGAAGAGCUUUGUUCAAUGUUAAAUGGUUGUAUUGAUCAAAACAUCAGCAUGCUUGACCAUGGUACUGAGCAAUAUUUUCAUCGUGAUGAUAUUGGCCUCACUUAUUUAUCUGGCACUGCUGUGACAUGUGUCAUGGAACAACAGAUCCUGACUUUGGCAGCAAGUUCAGUUGGGAACAAUGUGGAACAUGCUCGUGACCCUAAGACAUUUAGUGGCAUAAAAAAUAGCUUGGAAUUUUCUUCCAGAUUCUUGAACCUGUCAUGGUCAAUGAUGGAAGCAGAUCCUUCCACUAUUCUCUUUGUAACUUCAAGGGUCUUUUCUGUGCUAGUAUGUUUUGUCAGAUGCCUUCACACCAAGCCAUCUAUUCUUUCAUUUAUUGAGACAAUAAGUCGGCCACUACUUCAGUGGCUGUCACAUAGAGAAAUACAGGAGGCAAGCACCAAUGAACAACUUCACCACUUGUGGUCCGAAAUCCUUAAUUGCUUAAGGAGGUGCCAACCACCAAUAGUCUUUGAUUCCUCUCUCCUAAAACUUCAGGCACCACUUCUUGAAAAAACUCUUGAUCACCCAAAAUCCACCAUUUCAGAGCUUACCGUCACCUUUUGGAAUUCAACAUAUGGUAAGCAGAUCAAGUUAGAUUACCCCGAGAGUUUACUUGACAUCUUAGACAAGCUUUCAAGAAAUAAAAGAAUAAACCUCCAAACAAAAAGUCUGCCAUUCCUGGUAAAAUGCCAUUCAAUAUCAGAAGUAACUGCUCAGAGAUCCAGGGUGACUGCAACAAACAGCAGGAACUCUAAAAGAGUAGAGUUAGUGGAGGAUACGGCGAAUCAAUUUGAGCCAGAAAAUAGGUUGGGUUCAAGUUCAAAAAGAAAAAGGGUCGGACUUACCGAACACCAAAAGGAAGUGAGACGUGCACAGCAAGGAAGGGGAAUGGAUUGCAGUGGUCACGGUCCAGGGAUCCGGACAUACACUAGUGUUGAUUUUUCACAAGGUAAUGAAGAUUCACAAGAGAGUCAGGAAAUCCGGGAUCCUGAAUCUAUCUUGGAGCUGCUAAGAAGAACUGCUUAAUUUGGAUUUAUAUUGUUCUUGGUGUCUGGGACUUGAGAGCACCCAUCAGAUUGGAAGAUGCAUCCUGGAAGUUAUUUAAUAGUGGAUUAAUAUCGGCAGUGGCAGUGGCAGAGGCAGAGGCAGUGCCCUAUGAUAAUGUUGUACUGUUGAAUAUUAGUGUCAGUGUAUCUUGAUUGUCUGUAUAAAUUAUACAACAGAACUACAAGAAGUCUACCACCAUAGCGACAUAAAAUGCCCAGUACUUUCUCUGUA